GCCUCACCCGCAUUGACCCCUCCACCAUAACAGGGCUUCAACGAUCCACGUCAUCCUCCGUGAAUACUGCGUCCAUCGUCUAUUGCCAUCUACCAUCGAUCGCUGUAUCGAAAUAAACACGUACGGCGAAAGAAAUCUACCGCGGAUGAAUCCGCAACAUGCCCACCCACGAUGACUACGCGCUGGGUUGGGUCUGUGCACUGGCCCUGGAGAUGACUGCGGCGAUCGCGAUGCUCGACGAACGGCAUCCGCCACUUCAAUCUCCGGCUACGGACGACAACGCCUACACGCUCGGGUCAAUCGCCGGCCAUAACGUGGUGAUCGCCGGUCUCCCGUUGGGGAGCUACGGGACCAUCUCGGCGACCCGGGUGCUAUCCCACAUGCGAUCCACCUUUCCGCGGCUCGAGGUGGGCCUGAUGGUGGGCAUCGGCGGCGGCGUACCUAGCAAGAGCCACGACAUCCGCUUGGGCGAUGUGGUGGUGAGCAAACCCACGGGGUCGUGCAGCGGGGUCGUGCAGUAUGAUGCUGGAAAGGCCCUCCAAGGGGGUCGGUUCGAGCUCACGGGCACUCUGAACCAGCCUCCGCAGCUACUGCUGACCCAUCUCUCGCUCCUGCAGGCAGAGAUGAUGGCCCGAGUUGGGGAGGCUGGAGGGUUGAUCUGGUCGGGGGUGCAGCAGGUGCUGGAGCGGAAUCCGGACCUGCAGGAGAAGUUCGGCUCCCCUGGUCCGGAUGAGGAUAUCUUGUUCCUGGCGAAGUACCCCCAUGGGGCCGAGGGAGGCCUGCAAGACUCCUGUAUAGGGUGCGAUCGACAUGAGACCGUUUUACGGACCCCUCGACCGUCGAUGGAACCCCAUGUUCACUACGGGAUUAUCGCCUCGGGAGACCAGGUGAUGAAGGACUCGGAGGCUCGGGACCAGCUUGGUCAGGAGCUUGGGAUCCUGUGUUUUGAGAUGGAAGCAGCAGGUCUGAUGAACCAGCUCCCGUCGUUGGUCGUCCGUGGCAUCUGCGACUAUGCCGACUCUCACAAGAACAAGGAAUGGCAGGGCUACGCGGCCCUCACCGCGGCGGUAUACUCAAAGUUAUUACUGUCGAGGCUAAAGCCCAGGAGUUUGAAACAGUGGAACAAGCGCCGUGAGAUGAAUGCCGAGGAAAGGGUGUGCUUCGCAGCGUUGUUCCAUUCGGAUCCACAGGAGGACAAGGACGCAUUAAAGCGUCGGAAAGGGGAGCGCGCGGCAGACACCAGCGAUUGGAUCCUGGACACAAAUGAGCUACGCCAAUGGCUCGGGGUCCAAGGAAUGCCAAACACCAUGCCCAGUCUCGACCUGGCGACAGGCGACGUUGAUCUCAGGGCGAACCUCUUGUGGCUGUACGGCAACCCGGGCACCGGAAAGUCGACGAUGGUGAUCACGAUGGCCGAGGAUCUUCCCAAGCGCUCUUUCUUCGACAGCACCAAGUCCCUGGCGUAUUUUUUCUGUGACUCUAGCUCCGCAAAAAGACGCAGCGCGGUCUCCAUCCUGCGGGGACUCCUGUACCAAUUGAUCAGAGGCCGCCCGGAAUGGAUCGAGAUGCUGUACGCCAAGUACGAGGAGAAAAGGGACGCCGUUUUCUCCUCGUUUGAUUCAUUGUGGUCGGUGUUGAUGAGUAUCGGGGCGGACGCAGCCAGCGGAGAUAAAUACUGCAUCAUCGACGCGCUCGAUGAGUGUGAGCCCGAGUCUCAAGAGAUGCUUCUCACUCAGCUGAAUCAAACCUUCCUGAGCCCCAACCAGGCGAAUGGCCACCUCCGCUUGCACAUCCUCCUUACGAGCCGGCCCUAUCCGGAAAUCGGGCGCCAUUUGAGCCGAUUUAGAAACCAGGAGAUCUCUUGCUAUCCCCGACUAGCUGCAGAUCUGAAGCUCUUCGUCCAGUCCAAGGUUGCUGAAUUACGUGACAAGAACCGUUAUUCCGAGAAAGUCGCCUCCCAGGUCUCCGAGAUCAUGGAAGACAAAGCCGAAGGAACCUUCCUCUGGGUGGGAAUCGCGUGCACGGAGCUGGCCUCGGUGCGGUCGAGGGACGCAGUCCAAACUCUCCAACGGCUGCCUCGAGGACUGCACUCUUUGUAUCAAAACCUCCUUGAAACCGCCUUCACCCAUGACGGUGGCGACGAGCAUCAGACGAUCUUGCAGAUCAUGGGUGUCGUGGCGAUUACCCAGCAGCCACUCAGUGUCGCCGAGCUGGCGGUUGCAUGUAACCUCUAUCCAGAUGAGGACCGGGAAAGUCGCCUGAACUUUACGCGCGAAGACAUUGAGUUGUGUCGUCUGAUGGUCAUUGUGCAGGAUGGGAUUGUCCGACUGCUCCACAAGUCGGUGAGAGAUUUCUUGCUCCGCCGGGGGGAGGACGGGGGGCAGCUGAUUCACCAUCUGAGGGCGCACGCGACGCUGGCCUAUCGCUGCCUCGAUAUCUGGCUGGACAAUCAUGAUUGUCUGCCGCCAUGGGGUGAGCCUCGGUAUCCUGAGGAUGGGUUUCUCCAAUAUGCAUCCCAGUACUGGGGAAUCCACGCCCAUCACGCCCAGUCCGAAUUCCGGCUGCUGAAACGACAUGAGAGCUUCUUCCGCGCAAAAUCCAAGGCCAGAACGGCGUGGGCCACCUGGGGCGCGCAUAUCGAUGCGGACCUUGCCAGCUCCGAUGAACUAUCUUCAUUGCAUUUGUCUGCAGCAUUUGGGAUUGUUGGGCUGGUGGAUUUCGCUUUAGAUCAGAUGCAGCACGGUCGGAUCCUCUCCAAGUGGCUAAUGGCACAGCCCCGGUUUGACGACAAUCUCUUUGUCGGCAGUGACUUGCCUAGCCCGCUGCAGUUGGCAGCCCGGCGAGGGCACGUCGAGGUCAUGACACUACUGCUGCACAAAAAGGUGAGCAGAAUGAUAAUCCGAGCGCAGGUAGUCGAGGAGGCAGCACAGCAUGAAGAGCACGGUGAGCAGAUGAUGGCGAUCUUAAUCGCGCAGGGUGGGAGCGAAGUCGAGAUUGACCAGACUGUUCUUGAAGCUGCGGCUCGGAAUCAAUCACAUGGGCGAUCCAUUCUGUCGAUGCUUCUCGACCGAGAUCCGAGCAUCUUGAUCAGUCCGAAUCUCCAGAUAGGCGUUCCCAAGAAGCCGGUCGUGACGGGGCUAGCCAUGUCUCGACUGGCCGAGUUGUAUGCCGGUGGAACCCGGCGCCCUCGUCAACCCAUGAUCAACGAAGAAAUUAUUCACGCGGUCAUCAGAAAUCAGGGGAAUGGGUCGGCCAUAAUGGGUAUGCUACUAGAUCGCCUUGGGAACAGAAUGCAGCUAUAUGACUACGUGUUGGAAGAUAUGUGCGCGUACCUGGACGCGAGGAUCGUGCAGCUCCUUCUGAGUCGAAACGACACCCGAAUUCUAUUGACACCUAGCUUGAUCAGUGCGGCCAUGCGCAACCGCUCUCAAGCAGGCGAGAUGAUGGCUGUUCUGCUCGAGCAAUGCAAUCAUUCCGGUGUUUCGCCCCAGCUGAUUCUUGAAAUGAUGUGCGAGGUCGCUAGCCUCGACGUGAUCAUAGAAUUCCUCGACCGACAAAAGCAUCAGCUCUCGUUAACCCAGGAUGUGGUUUCUCACCUCAGUAAACGACCCGCGCUCGGGGAAGGAGCGAUUCACCUUCUCUUGGACCGAUGCCAGAAGCCAACGCGGGUCGUUGCUAGCCUGAUGUUCUCUACAUUCGGCACUGACAUAGUUCGCACUUUGCUCGGGAAAUACGACCAGGUCACACUCUCAAAGUUGAGCAUCAAGGCAAUUUCAGACAAUCGAGUGGGAGAUGCCGUGAUGAAGACAGUAUUGCUUCACUCACCGGCAGUGAAGCUAGGUCAAGGAGAGAUUGCAUUGAUUUGCCAGAGCUUCAAUCUCGACGUGAUCCAAGUCAUGCUGAGCCAAAAGCGCGGCAUUGACAUCACGCGAAAUACUGUUAAGCACACCUACAGGAACAAGAACGGCAAAGAAGUUAUCAUGGCCUUGCUUCGGCAUCGCGGUAUGGGUAGAACAAUGCCAAUGGAUGCCAUUCUCAAGAUUUGUCAACUGUUCGACUCCGAAGUUGUUGAAUUCCUCACACAGCAGUGGCAGAAACUAGUAUUGACCCCCGAGGUCAUUCAUGCUGGCCUGACAAACGAGCAGCACGGCGAGAGUGUGAUGAUGACAAUCGCUCGGCAAGCUGACCCAUGGCUGAUAGAUCCCAAGUCUGUCGCCUCACUUUGUCGCCUAUUUAGUCCAUCGGUGAUCGACCAGCUACCGGGUAUCAUUGUCUCCGAAGUUGUUGUUUAUGCGGCAGCACAAAACUUCCUGUGGGGCAGAGAUACGGUUGCGUUGCUGCUCACCAAGUGUAACCAAGGGGUUCACCACCUAACCACAGAUGCAGCUGUGGUAGUAUCCGAGGUCUUUUCUGGAGACUUCGAGAUAACCACACUUCUCGAUCAAAGCUUCUCUUCAAAAAAGCUGGGAGACAUGUCAAUUGAAGGCCCUGAAGACAUCGCCAGUGCGUUAGUGUUCGGCGACGCAAAUCACAUUUCCGUCUUAUUCGAUCAGCCAGACAGCCCUCCAGUGACCGAGGAUAUUCUGGUCUAUGGCGCCCAAAAUGUUGUCGAUGGAAAGAACGUGAUGGUGGUACUUGUUGAUAAAUUCCAAAAUCAGCUUUACCCCAGCAGUGCUGUGCUUGAAGCUGCUGCAAGUAACGAAAAUUUCGCCAAGGAGGUAAUGGAAGUCCUCCUAGAUUGGAAGGGACAUACUUUCCACAUACACGAAACACUUGUCACGAAAGCAGCAUUUAAUACCCACAGUGGGGUAGAUGUGAUCGAAUUAUUGCUACAUCGAUUUCCACAGCAUUUGCACCUUCCGGAGUGGAUACUUGAGGCGGCGUUCGUAAGUGAGAAGAGGGCUGAAGAUAUAAUCACGCUGCUCUGCGACUUCAGGCCCAGCAGGACGAUCAGAAUUACUCCAUGGAUUGUCAGGAUAGCGUCCGCAACGAACAGGGACAAUGCUCUCUCUCGGAUUCUCAGCUAUCCUCGGACACAGGUGAGCAUACAGCGGGAGGCAAUGGCAGCAAUCUGCCAGCUUUUUGACUACAGCCUUGUCAAAUCACUUCUGUCUCAUCUUGGACUCGGAGUUAUACUCACAGACGAUAUCAUUGAAGCAGCCGCCGCGAACUGUGUGCAUGGAAAGGAAGUUUUGGAAUUGAUACUACGGCACCAGCAGCCCACGCAACAAACGGUCGAAAAGGCUCUCACGGCCGCCGCCGCCGCCGAUGUGAAGGACACAUUUGCCUUUCUCGUUACGUGGUGGGGUAGAAAUGUUCCUAUUACUGAGGAUAUCAUAUGUGCGGCAGCAGGCAACAGGUGGGGAAGAUGUGAAGUGUUGUCAUUCCUUCUUGACGACCUCAACUACAGCGCACCUAUCACGGAAAGAGUCUUCGUCGCCGCUGCUCAGUAUGGGAAAGAGGCAGUCUUCUUUCUUCUUCAUCGACGCGGUCCAACUUUGGUCACCGAUAACAUCCUCCAGGCGGCAGCCAACAAUGAACUCCACGGGAAAUAUCUACUGGACCAAUUCCAACGGUAUCAGCGGAAGAUUUCGGAGGAUAGGAAAUAGGUUUGGUAACAAGCGCUCUGUAUACCUACGCCAUUGUCCUUCUUCUUUUUUCGCACAUCCGUCGAGCUGAAGAUCCGCUCCCAACGCGCCGGCGGUUGCGUUGCUAUCUAAAAAAGAAAGACGGAAAGGAAUUUGCGAGUGUUAAGCCACUCCGUGCGUUUUUGCGCGCGUGGUGGGCCCAGGAAGAUGACCAUCUCUGAGGCCGAGGCCAGGCCGUCAAUGGAAAGCCGAAUGGCGAAGACUUUUUACAGAACGGUGGAUUAUGUGAUGCCUAACGAGCAAGCAGCGCCAGGCAAGCGGAAAUCUCCAGCAUAAGUUGUCCUUGCACUUGUUCGAUCACGGCCUAGACCUC